AUGGUCCAACUGUACGAUGUCUUCGACUACCGCAUUGUACGGGACCAGCUCAUCGCCAACACGGUGCUCGUCGCCGUGGCCACCAUCGUCGUGAUCCUGCGCUUCAUCUCCCGACGGCUCCGGCGCAGCAAGCUGUGGUGGGACGAUUUCUGCUGCAUCGGGUCGAUUCUGCACACGUACGGCAUGCUGGCCAUGCAGUACCACUACGCGCGCGUCGGCAUGCGCCAUCACGUUGUCGAUAUCCCCUGGGGAAACACGGUCGUGAUCCUCAAGAUGCUCAUCGUCUACCAAGCCGUCUACUACAACGCCAUGGUGCUCGCCAAGCUGAGCUACCUCUUCUUCUACCUGCGCAUCUUCGUCACCAAGGCCUUCCGCAUUGCCGCCUGGGUCUGCAUGGGCUGCGCCUGCGCCUACUGGGCCGGCAGCGUCCUGCAGAUCUUCCUCAUCUGCCAGCCCUUCGAGAAGAACUGGAACCCAAUGCUGCCGGGCCACUGCGCCAGCCAGAACGUCGCCUUCUCGACCAUCGGCGCCUUUAACCUCAUCACCGACGUCUUGAUCAUGCUCCUGCCGCUGCACUUUAUCUGGAGGCUGCAGAUGUCCGUGGCGACCAAGCUUGCCCUCUUCGGCAUCUUCGGCAUCGGUAUCUUUAUCUCCGCCAUCACCAUCAUCCGCAUCCGCGUCCUCACCACCGUCGACUUCACCGACCUGUCGUACUCCAUGAUCUGGGCUGCCUUCUGGAGCGUCACCGAGCCCGCCCUCGCCAUCACCAACGCCUGCGUGCCCAUGCUGCGCCCCGUCUUCAAGGCGGCCUUCCCCACGCUCUUUGCCAGCGCCAAGGCCGAAUAUACCGCGAAGGUCGGGCAGUCUGGCGACUCCGGCAGCAACAACGCCUUCAAGCGCAUCAACGACGAGUACCCGCUUACCCAGAUCGAGGAGGGCGAUAAGACUUUCAGUCACGGAGGCGCGUCCGGGUACGAGGCGUCGCUGAAUGACCGCUCUCACGACGGGUCCGCCCGUCAGAUCCCGAGCAGCGUGAUUGGGAACGGGGCGAAGGCGUGGUCAUAG